AAACUGCCCCGCGUGCGCUCUGCUUAUUUUGGAGGCUGCGAGAACUAUAAAGGAUGAAGGCUUCUCUUCUUGUCGUGCUCGUUGUUGCCCUGUGCACGGAGAGCGCUUUCUCCUUGACAUGUUUCUCGUGCAAAGAUGCAACUUCCAACAUACACUGUCUCAGUACAAUCACGUGUGCUGACCAUGAGAAGUACUGUCUAACGACAUAUUCUACUAAGGGAUUCGGCGAUGACCGUCAGCAAAGUAUUACCAAGAGAUGUGCUGCAUUUUGCCCAACAAUUGACCUGAAUAUAGGGAUUGCAGGUGUUGCCACUAACUGCUGCCAGACUUCCUUGUGCAACAUCAGUGGGGCCAGCAGUGUGAAAACCAGUUACACCAUGAUAGCUGUGGGUGUCUUGGCCAGUCUUGCCUGCAUCCUCCGCCUUGGGUUCUAAAUGGGAUGGGAGGAAAGGGGCUACGUGGCCUUGCACUGCAAGAGUUCAGUAUCUCAUCUGUACAGAAG